AUAAUAGUGGUUUUUAAGAAAUUUUUAACAAUAAAAAAAUCAAAUCAAAUGAAUGUUUAAAAAUGAACAAUAACAAGCAAAUUGAACAAGUUAAAUCCAUAGUAUUGGAAAGCUAUGGGGGGUAUGAUAAAAUACAAAUAAAACAAUGGACACUUGAUGAAUUUGGAUCAUCAGAUGUCCGCAUAAAAGUUCAAUUGUGUGGUGUUAACUUUAGUGAUAUAUAUACAAGACAAGGGUUUCUACGAGAGUUGAAAACUCCUCGGGUGCUUGGUACAGAAUGUUAUGGAACAGUGGAAGCUUUUGGAAAGGAUGUUAAACAUUUACAAUGCGGUGAUCAUGUAGUAUGCUAUGUUUGGACAGGCGGUCUUUAUAGAGAAACAGUAAUAGUUCCAGCUAAUAAUUGUUUUUUAGUUCCUGAGAGUAUUUCUGGUCAAGAUGCAAUUGCUUUACCUGCUAAUUAUUUAACUGCAUAUUUAAGUAUUUUUACUAUGGGUAACAUUCAACCUGGCGAUACUGUUCUUAUACAUUCUGUUGGUGGAGGUGUUGGUUGUGCUGCUACUCAAUUAGCAAAAACUAUAAAAGAUAUAACUAUUGUUGGAACUGCUUCUGAUUCUAAACAUGAAAAAUUAAAAUUAAAUGGAGUUUCUCAUGUAUUACAACAUGAUAACUAUGUAACACAAGCUAAAGUAGUAUCACCAAUGGGUUAUGAUUUAAUAAUAGAUAGUAUUGGAGGACCAAAUAUUAAAAUUAGUAAAACACUACUUAAACCUUGUGGCCGUUUAGUGAUCAUUGGUGGUAGUUGUUACAUCAAUGGUGACACAUUAAAUGUUUUCAGAUCAUUGUCUUUGAAAUGGCAAACAAAAAAUUUGGUUCCUGAAACAAUGAUAGAGAAAAAUAUAAGUGUUUCUGGUCUUCAUUUAGGUUUGCUAUUUGAUUCCAACCCAAACAAAAUUCACAAUAUUAUGGAUGAAUUAUUUAAAAUGUUGGAGGAUAAAUUAAUAAAACCAAUAAUCUAUAAAAUCUUACUGUUUGAUGAUGUUAUUGAAGCUCAAAAAAUUUUGGCAGAGAGAAUGAAUACUGGAAAAAUUUUGUUAAAAUUACAUUAAUAACUUGGAAUUGUUAAAAUAAAUUGAAAAUAUU